AUGGCCGGACGGGCAUCGCCAUGGCCUCCACGGCUCCUCAUGCUCAUCCUCACCCUCAUGGCAUCAUCCCUCCACCUCUCCCAUUCCACGGACGUCGAUGUCCUCCUCAAGUUCAAGGAGAGCCUGGCCCCUAAUGGCGGGGACGCCGUGCUACAAAACUGGGUCGCCGGCACGACACCAUGCAACGUGAAUGUCUCCUUGUGGACCGGCGUCAUCUGCGACACCGGGGAUGUCUAUGGACUGCAGCUUGAGAAGAUGAAGCUAUCCGGCCUGCUGUCGAUCGACAUCCUCGUGGACCUGCCAUUCCUGCGGACACUGAGCUUUAUGAACAACGACUUCGAGGGACCGAUGCCGAAGAUCGAGAAGCUGCCUGCGCUGAAGUCGAUAUACCUGUCGAACAAUAGGUUCUCCGGGGAGAUAGCCGACGGCGUGUUCAAGAAGUUCCGGUCGAUGAAGAAGGUGCACCUGUCGCACAACCAGUUUACCGGGAGGAUCCCGACGUCGCUCCUGGGGCUGACGAGGUUGCUGGAGCUGAGGCUGGACGACAAUAAGUUCGAGGGCCCGAUACCGGAUCUGCGGCAGCCGGGGCUGUAUCUGGUGAACAUGUCCUACAACAAUCUGGAGGGACCAAUUCCGGCUAGGCUGAGCAAGAUGAAAGCUAGCAUGUUUGAAGGCAACAAAAAUCUUUGCGGUCCACCACUUGACAUCUCAUGUGGAUCAUCAUCAUCAUCAUCAUCACCAUCAUCGAAGCUCACCCCUGCUCUUCUCGUUAUCAUCAUAGUGAUAGCUAUCGGGGUACUACUAGCAAUCAUUGGUGUGAUCUUUUUCAUGCUCCGCGGUUCUCGCAAACAGAUGGAACCAGGUCUUGUUUCACCCUCCAUAACCAAGAAGAGCGAUCCUUCAGAGGCAGACAAGCUAGAACAGGGCUCAGUGGAAUCCAGCGGAGGAGCGAAGAAGGUCGCGAAGGAAGAGCACGGGAAGCUGAUGUUUGUUAAGGAGGGGGCUCAGAGGUUUGAGCUACAGGAUCUGCUCAAGGCUUCAGCCGAGGUGCUGGGCAGUGGGAACUUUGGGUCCUCAUACAAGGCCAUCCUUUUUGAUGGUCCGGCCGUGGUUGUCAAGAGAUUCAACAAGAUGAAUGGGGUGGGGAGGGAAGACUUCCAGGAGCACAUGAGAAGGCUGGGGAGAUUGUCUCACCCCAGUCUGCUUCCUCUGGUGGCCUAUUACUACAGGAAGGAGGAGAAGCUGCUGGUCACUGACUACAUCCCUAAUGGGAGCUUGGCUCAUAUGCUCCACGGUAGAGGUGGCUCGAACAUUCCACCGCUUGAUUGGCCUACACGACUAAAAAUAGUCAAGGGUGUGGCAAGAGGCCUCGCUUUCCUCUACGAGGAGCUCCCCAUGUUAACUGUACCUCAUGGCCAUCUCAAGUCCUCAAAUGUGCUUCUCGACGACUCCUAUGAGCCCAUCCUCACGGACUAUGCCCUCGUACCAGUGAUGAACCAGACCCAUGCCUCGCAGAUCAUGGUGGCCUACAAGUCCCCAGAGUGUGCAGAACGUGGCAGACCAUCCAGAAAGAGUGAUGUAUGGAGCUUUGGUAUAUUAAUUCUAGAGAUUCUUACAGGGAAGUUCCCAGCCAAUUAUCUGCGGCAGGGGCGAGCAGGCACAGACUUGGCGAGCUGGGUGAACUCUGUUGUGAAGGAAGAGUGGACUGGCGAAGUGUUCGAUAAUGAGAUGGGUGGGACUAAGAAUGGUGAGGGAGAGAUGCUCAAGUUGUUGCAGAUUGGAUUGGGCUGCUGCGAGAUGGAUGUUGAGAAGAGGUGGGAUCUGAGGAUGGCGGUCGACAAGAUCGAAGAGUUGAGAGAAAAGGAGAAUGAUGAGGAGGACUCUUCAUUUGCUACCGAGGGCGAAGCGAAUACCUCGAAAGCUAUGACUGAGGAUGAGCUCCUUUUGUCUACAAAUAACUGAGUAUCUCAGUGAGGAAAGGUUUGAGACAAAUGUGUUUGAGCAUUUAUAUUUCAAUUUGAAACAUUUUAAGGUGGAUUAGUGGUGGCAUAGCUUUCUUCUCUAUGAAUGUUUCUUUUAAGUGUGUAAAGUAGCAGAUUCGUAAUAGUUUGAUGUGUUGCAGGAUUGGAGCCUGAGUUCUCGUUUUCUGCACGUCAUCUGUCUUUCUGCUUCAAUUUUUUCUGAAUAACUUCAUAAAAUUGCAGAGCCAAACUUAAACCAAAC